AUGACUUCGGUGAUAAAUUACAGAUUCCGGUCAAAUAAGAACUUUUCAAGAAUAUCCUUUCAAGGCACAGGGCUUCCGCUAUGGGAGCUGAAGUAUGAGAUAAUUAAUCAGAGGAAGAUGGUAUCCAAAGAUUUUGAUCUUUUGUUUUUUGAUUGUGAUACUUGUGAGGAGGUAAAUGACGAGUAUCAUGUGAUUACAAUGAACAGCCAUGUGAUAGUUGACAGGAUUCCAUUAUGGAUGUCUAAAGGAGGCUAUAAUGUCAAAGAAAAGAGAACUGAGCCACAGGGGCAGCAUCAUAAUGUGCACAAAUACAAUAAGGCUAUUCCAGAAAGUUAUGUGUGUUUCAGGUGUGGGCAGAAGGGGCAUUACAUCCAGAAUUGUCAUACAAAUCAAGACAAGGCAUUUGAUAUCCUGAGGAUACGCAAGCCCUCUGGGAUUCCAAAGGAUUUUCUUGUGCCAGUGUCUGGAGAAGGAGCUUCAUCAAAUACAGCAAUGCUGGUAACUUCUGAGGGGGGGUAUGUUAAGGCACAGCCACAGACACAAGAGUGGAAGAAAUAUAAACAGCACACAAAGCCUAUGGUUGGUAUUCCAGAGAGAUUGAAGUGCCCAUCUUGCCACUGUCUUCUAACAAAUCCAAUGAAAACCAAUUGUGGGCAUGUUCUGUGUGAUCAAUGCGUGAUUGUGGAUAGAAGAUGUUAUGUUUGUGGCCAGCAAGUCAAGAACUUUUCACUGGAUGCACAUGUAAAGGCUGAGGUAGAAAGAGCCAUGAAUCAAAGGUUUUGA